CCCGGCUCAGCACCUCGGAGAGCUCCCUCCCCGGCCUUGUUUUGCUCGGGAAUCGCGCGGGGGAGGGAGCCAAGGUGCUGGGCACCGGGAGCAGUGGCAGAGAGAUGGCCCUAGAGGGGUCGAGGGGCCCCGAUGGGCAGAGGGCCCAGCCGUGAUCCGGCGGGGGAGCCGAGGCGUCGGGUGGGGUAAGGGGCAGCUGGCAGCGGCAGCACAUCUGGAUGGAAGCGAGCUUUGUCCAGACCACCAUGGCUUUGGGGCUGUCCUCCAAGAAAGCGUCUUCCCGCAACGUGGCUGUGGAGCGUAGGAACCUGAUUACCGUGUGCAGGUUCUCUGUGAAAACACUGCUGGAGAAGUACACAGCAGAGCCCAUCGAUGACUCAUCUGAGGAGUUUGUGAAUUUUGCAGCCAUCUUAGAGCAAAUCCUCAGCCAUCGUUUCAAAGCCUGUGCCCCAGCAGGUCCAGUGAGCUGGUUCAGCUCAGAUGGGCAGCGGGGCUUCUGGGACUAUAUUCGGCUGGCCUGCAGCAAAGUGCCCAACAACUGUGUGAGCAGCAUUGAGAACAUGGAGAACAUCAGCACAGCCCGAGCCAAGGGCCGGGCAUGGAUCCGGGUAGCACUGAUGGAGAAGCGCAUGUCGGAAUACAUCACCACAGCUCUGCGGGACACCCGGACCACCAGACGUUUCUAUGACUCAGGAGCCAUCAUGCUGAGGGAGGAAGCCACGGUCCUCACUGGAAUGCUGAUAGGACUGAGCGCCAUAGACUUCAGCUUCUGUCUAAAGGGUGAAGUGCUGGAUGGGAAGACCCCCGUGGUCAUCGAUUACACACCCUACUUAAAGUUCACCCAGAGCUACGACUACCUGACUGACGAGGAGGAGCGGCACAGCGCCGAAAGCAGCACCAGCGAGGACAACUCGCCGGAGCACCCGUACCUGCCGCUCGUCACCGACGAGGACAGCUGGUACAGCAAGUGGCACAAGAUGGAACAGAAGUUCCGCAUCGUCUACGCGCAGAAGGGCUACCUGGAGGAGCUGGUGCGUCUGCGCGAGUCGCAGCUGAAGGACCUGGAAGCGGAGAAUCGGCGGCUACAGCUGCAACUGGAGGAGGCGGCAGCGCAGAACCAGCGCGAGAAACGGGAGCUGGAAGGCGUGAUCCUGGAGCUGCAGGAGCAGCUGACAGGUCUGAUCCCUGGUGACCACGCUCCCCUGGCCCAGGGUUCCAAGGAACUCACCACGCCCCUAGUCAACCAAUGGCCGUCGCUGGGAACGCUCAAUGGAGCUGAGGGUGUCAGCAACCCCAAACUCUACCGGAGACACAGUUUCAUGUGCACGGAGCCGCUGUCAGCUGAAGCCAGUCUGAGCUCAGACUCCCAGCGCCUGGGAGAGGGGAAGCAGGAUGAGGAGCCCUGGGGCCCCAUUGGGAAGGACCCCACGCCCUCCAUGCUGGGCCUCUGCGGCUCCCUGGCCUCCAUCCCCAGCUGCAAGUCCCUGGCGAGCUUCAAAUCCAACGAGUGCCUGGUGAGCGACAGUCCUGAGGGCAGUCCAGCACUGAGCCCCAGCUGAACAGUGUGGGCUGUGCCAGCCCCACCUGCCAGGGCACAGACACCUGCUGCCUUUCCUCAGAGUCCCCAAAUCCAGGCCACCCUUCCAGAGAACGAUGUCCAGCCAGCCAGGGGGAUCUCUUGGGAAAGAAACUUUUUGCUUCUGGUUUAGCUUCCUGCCCAAGGAAGCCAGGGCUGCCAAGGGAAGCCUGUUCGAUAGGAAGGUGGAGUCGCCAAGGCCACAGGAAGUCCUUGGGGGAGCUUGUUCCAUUCUUCUGGCGACUGAUGCCUGGCUGGCUCCCUCCUGGGACUCUACUUCACUAUCUCCCCCACCUCCUCAGGAGUUGGUGGCUCAGCCUCGAUACCUUCACCUCCCCCACCUCUCCUGUCUGUCCCUGUAUUCAUCCCCCGAAGUCACUUCUUCCUCAGCCCCCAGUGUAGGGGCUCUGAGGGGAACAGGCAAAUAAAAACCACAUAGAUGACUGA